UUAUUUGCACUAGUACGUGUGGUUUCGCUACGAACAUACUACAUGCUGUGUUGGAUCAAUUAUGAAUGUUAAGAAAGCCUCGGAAAACAUUUGCUUUUAUUUGUGGGACCAUCUCUAUGCUAAUGGCGGAAAAACAAACACUGACACAAUGCCUGUAAGUUAUGUCACUUUUGGGAUCUUUGUUCUGACGUGUGUUCUCGGACUUUUAGGCAAUGGCAUUGUCAUCUACAUCACUGGUUUCAAAAUGAAUACGCAAAAAUCCAAAAUCUGGUUCCUCAACAUGGCUGUAGCAGAUUUUUUUUUCCUUUUGUGGUUGCCGCUCGAUGCAACCACUGCGAUAACAGGCAACUGGCCUUUUGGAUCCUAUGUAUGUAAACUUUAUCAUUUCUUUUCAACAUUCAACAUGUACUCGAGUAUUUUCAUCAUGACGGCCCUUAAUGUUGAUCGCGCCAUAUCAGUGGCCAAACCAUUGUGGCAUCACAAGUUCUUUACUCGAACCAUUUGUUACAGGACCUGCGCAUGUAUUUGGAUACUAACAGCUCUGGCUAGUCUUCCAGCGCCUUUUUUAAGUGCUAUAUAUACAAUAGACAAUCAAACAGUUUGCUCGUUGCUUAUUCUUGGGCAGGAUGAUCAGGAACAAUAUAACAGUGCUGCAAAAAAAAAUUUAUUUAGCUAUGCUGUGAGCAGCUUGUCAAUAUCUAAUACGACAAGCAAUACAAGCAAUGAUCAUGAGACAUUCAUCCGGUUUCCAAGUUUGAGAGAACAGUGUAUAGACAAUGAGUGUUGUGCUAAUGAAGAAACAGUUGCAAUAUGGUCUGCAUCGAUAUUUAAAACACUUUGUUUUAUCAUCUCUGUUGCGGUUAUUGGAUAUUUUAUCCCACUCUGUGUUAUCCUAAUCUCCAAUGGAGUCAUUGUUUGCCAGGUAUGGAAAUCUCAGUCAACAAAGACCUCCAAAUUAUAUCAAAUCACGGUUUCAGUGGUCCUGGUUUAUUUCAUAACAUGGACACCGCUGAUUAUCGCUUACAUUGUUUUCUUGACAGCUCUGUCCACUAUGAAUAUUGCACUGGUCUUUAAGGUUAGUGUGUUUUUGACUCUCUUGAAUAGCAUUGCCUAUACCAACAGCUGCCUAAACCCGAUUAUAUAUGUGCUGAUAGGCAAGCAAGCUCGAGAUCUGUUGUCAGUUUCCAUAAGGAGUUUCACAAAGACCAGCUCAAAGAGGAGCACCAAUGAGGGAACCGACAACACAGAGAAAUUAACACUGAAAAGUUCAUCCAAGGGCACUAAUGAGUGAAAACACAACAUGAUGUAAAUAUCACACCAAAUAGAAAUUAACAGUUUUACAAUUCACAUUCUAAGGGGGUUAUUAACUAAGCUUCCGAAUACCCGGAAUUUAGCCGAAUUCCGAAAAAUUCGUGAUUUUUUGUGUUAUAAUAGGCUUUAAAAAAAAAAUGUAUUAAACCCCGAG